ACGCGAUGCAUGGACUACGACGACGCCCUCUUGGACCAAAGCGACCAAGUCUUUGAACCCUGGAAAAACAAGAUCUUCGAACACGAAACUCUCCGCGAAAUAGGAAAAUUCAUCGACAAGCACAGAGGAGGUCUCCCCGACGAACUCUUCUCACCAAAACGGGGCGCGUUUAACCUGACAUUCAAGAUGCGCUUCAAAGACGGUGGCUCAGCUGUGAUUCGGUUCCCGUGUCCUGGCGCUUCGAUGUUUCCAGAGGAAAAGGUGCAGCGUGAAGUUGCGGUUAUACAGUUUCUCGAGUUUUAUACCAGUUUGCGUAUACCGCAUGUUCUGCACUAUGGGGAUGAGGAGGAGAGUCCGUGUGGUCUGGGGCCGUUUAUUAUCAUGGAGCAUAUCAGCAACGAGGGGGAUUUUGUUGAUUCUCUUAAUAUACCUGGCCGGUCAAGUCAGGAGAGGCCGAUUCUGGACCCGUAUAUCUCGCAGGAGUUACUUGAAUGUGUCUAUGGUUAUAUGGCCGAUAUCAUGCUUCAAGUUUCGAGGCAUUCAUUCACGGAGAUCGGAUGCAUCACAAAAGCCAAUGAAGAUGACGAGUUUGACGAUACAUGGAUAGUGAAACACCGUCCGCUGACAUUCAACAUGAACGAACUCGUCCAGUUAGGCGUAGUAACGCCAGAGCAGCUUCCCAGGGAACCAUUCAUGACAGCCUCAUCAUAUUACCAGGCACUAGCCGAAAUGCACAUGAUACAUCUAUCGUCCCAGCGCAACGAUGCCAUCGAGUCUGCAGAAGAUUGUCGACAAAAGUAUAUUGCAAGAUGCCUUUUCCGGAAAAUCACCCGUGAAUAUCAGCUUUGCGAGGAUGAGGAUGGUCCAUUUAAGCUAUUCUGCGAUGACCUCCGACCAGGCAAUGUUCUCGCAGGUGUUAACCAUCAGAUGACUGGAGUCAUUGAUUGGGAGUUCACAUACGCGGCUCCCACUGCAUUUGCGUACAGUCCUCCAUUCUGGUUACUCCUGGAACUACCAGAAUUCUGGGACGAUGGUCUGGAUGAUUGGACUCAGAAAUACGAAGCAGUCUUACCUACGUUUCUCAAAGUACUCAAGGAAAAAGAGCAAGCAGCCAUUGAUCGGGGCACUUUGAAGAAGAGUGACCGACUAUCAGGGCAUAUGUUGGAGAGUUGGGAGACCGGAGAUUUCUGGGUGAAUUACGCUGCAAGGAAGAGUUUGGCGUUCGAUAUGGUAUACUGGGCGAAGAUUGACAAAAGGUUCUUUGGGGAUGGGGAUCUUGAAGAUCGGGUGAAGCUUUUGAUGCCGGAGGAAAGGGAAGAGAUGGAGGGAUUUGUUAGGAUGAAGAUGCAGGCUAAAGAGGAAGGUGGCUUGACUGACUGGGGUGAUAGCGAACAAUCUCUGUCUUCCCACCCAAAUUAA